AUGGCAUUCCGACAGGUUGACAGCGGCGCGGUGGAUGAGAACGUAUUUGUGGACGACCGAUGCGCAACCGUCUGGGAGGCGCCACGGCUCAGCUCAUCUCGCACAUUCGCAUCGCGCCCGGAGCCGCGCAAAGAUGUCGAGAUUGUGGCUGCUGAGACCAAGCGCGAUGCAGCUCUACUAUCCACGAAAGUUAAACCGAUAGAAGGAAACCUUCUGCGAAAGCUGUUCAAGGCGACCGUCGAGGAGAAGCAGCGAGCGGCUCAGGCUGUCGCUGCGGCAAGACCAAGUUCAACCAACAAAGUAGCCCGCGAAAAGGUUGUCAAAAACGUCGAACCGCCAGGAUUCAAGCUCCCCCCAGGAGUGGGUACAUCCCGUCCGCGAAUGCAGAGAGUUCCGGAUGUGAAGCCACAGGAAACCCUCCCACAGCCCGCCGUAUCCGCCACUUCAGCAGCGAAUAAGGAGGCGCCUGUGGUAGAUCAGCCCUCCCAACCCACCAUCUCGACACGAAAGAGGGAAACUCCCGUGCUGGCAACUCCCAAGUCGGACUACUCACCACUAAAGAGGGAGACACUAGCGGUGAAGCCUUCUCCAAGGUCAGGGAAAUCAACCCCAAAGGAAGUAGAACUUGUCCGUCAUUCAGGCAGUCUUCGAAAAGAGGCAGCUGUAGAGGCUACGGUGGCUCCUCUGAGCGUUGCUGGUGUAGACGAUGCUGUAGCGGCAUUGCCUGCCAUUGAUGUGGCAGAGCCUACGGUUCCUGUAACUGCUGAAAUACCUGCUGGAAAGAAGAAGAAGAACAAGAAGCAAGAAAGGAAGAACAAGAAAGCUCUUGCCCGUGAGCAAAAACAACUUGCAAAGGGGGCUGGCAUCAUCAUCACCCGUGAUAUCGCUCACGGCGAAUUGGAGAAAACUGAUUUGCACAACGACGACGCGCUGAUGUUGGGCGCUCUGCCUUGCAUCAGUGUUGCGGGCUCCGGUAAAUCAGUACGAUCUAAUGAAUCUAUUGGAGAGUCAAAGCCGCUGCACACCGUCUCCAAUGAGCACAGAGGGAAAAUUCAGACGACCGCCGAGGCAGAAGUCUCGCGCUCUCCAUCCAGGGCGAGCAGGGACUUCAAAGCAGCGUCCACGAGACCACCAUCAAUUCACACUACACCGACGAAGUUGUCAUCUUUCAUCAGCUUCGAAGAGAUCGGAGAGGCAUGGAUCGGGCCAGCUGUCUCUCAACACAGAUCAGCUCAUUCCUCAGGACCGCGCUCAGCCCCUAUGAACUUCCCGGGAGAGAAAUCUGAAGAACUUGGUGAAUUGAAUGAUACAGAGCAGAGAUCGAGGCAUUCUACUCCAGCAAGAAUAUCGAGCAUCCAGAGUUACAGGUCCCCCUCGCCUGCGGUCAAUUCUGAGCUAGCAAAUAAAAGCGAGGAAAUGGGUCGCAGUCAAUCGCAUGGUCAAAAAGGACGCUCCAUCCAUGGCUCGUUCCACUCUGGUUCCAAUAAGUCAUCAGUCAAAGCUUCACAGACUUUUGCCGACGCCACACCAAAGAUUCAUUCGGGGAACAACAGUCCAAGGCAAACUUCAAGAAUUAGCUCACCGAGACAUGAAUCUAGACAUGGAGGGAGCCGUGACAGCAUCCAAGGGACCAGUGUCUUGCCAAGUUUACCAAACCCGGGCUCUUCUCAAGGGCGGCGGCCCAACACCAGUGGAUCACACGCAGGAGAGUCGCCGGCAGGCGGAGAAGAGGCUCGGGGCGCACAAGCAAAUUUGGAUAGCCCAAUGUGUACAGUUGGAGGAUCUGGUCACUCGCCUCGUGCCAUCACUCAGCCUGACAGUGAGAGAUCGUCUAUCCGCAGUGAGCACUCGAAAGGGAUAUCUCGGUCUAGCCAACAACACCACCAACACUCAAGACAUGCAUCAACGCGGAGCUUCUCACCCAGGGAUGAUGUAUGGCAGGAGCCUUCCUCUACGAAAAGCUCGGCCAAGAGAUCUCGACUCUCGCAGAGUACCGAUCACGGCUCUCUCCCAAAGAAGAGUACCAACAAACCUUCAAGACUUACAUCUGUGAUUGGCUCAGUUGCUAGUAUGAUCUCUAGGGUACGCUCUGAGCUCACAUUUGAGGAACUUGGCGAGGGCUGGCAUGAUGGUGGUGUACCGAGUGAUGAGCUAGAACGCAAAAUUCUGGAGGCCCAUCGUUCGACCACGCGAGAAUCAACUCUACAUUCCAUGAGUGACAAUCAAGGUGAAGGGCGUGCGGACCGAGUCGAACAUCACCAUUCCCAUCAAUCACAAUCAAGAUUCAAUGUUCACUCUCAUCACUCCUCAAGAAGAACAUCAGACCGCAGUCACCACCCAUCUAAGCAUAGCGAUGCCCAGUCGUCCGGCAAUUCAUCCCAUCGCUCCAGAUCAGAUAUGCCCUUACACUCUUUGGUCGGCGCUCCUGUAUACGCAGUGCUCAGUUCUGAGGGCCAAGGAUCGGGUGUCAUCAGCUCAUUCGAAGAUGAAAGCUUCCAUCCGCAGGAUGCAAUUAAACUUCGUGGACAGCGACCGACCGUCUUUGCAGGAAAGGGCUGGAUCACGCCACACCCACUGGAAUCAUCAGUAACGGAAAGGACACCGGCCAUUGUAGUUCCGAGCGAUGCAAUUCCAAACGGCGCAACCUUGUCCUAUGAGGAAUGGAAAGCCAUACAGGAAGGCGGGCUUCGCAAUCAUCGUAACUUCUCCGUCACUGAAAGCGACGAAUCUGGCGGAAAGAGGCACAAAGAUGAUCGCUAUCAAUUCUCGGGGUGGGAAGCCCAAUCGUGGCAGGAAGUCGAGCCUCCUACUCUUGACCCUAACGCCGCCAGUGCUCGUGUGACGAGUAGUCACGAAGCUGCCAAGGCUCAGUCUGUUCAGAUUGAGUCUGUCAGUGAGAGAUCGGCCGAACAACGUUCGCAGCACUCACACGGAUCAAGCCGUGACAGAAGUUCUAAAUUGAGCCCGAGUGAGCGUGCGUGGGAGAGGAUGGAAGAAGGAAAUGCACUGCAUGGCAGCCACAGGGGUGACAGCGUGCUAUCGGGUACGGCAAGUGGGCGUGCGUACUCGGUGUGGAAUCAAUCAGAUUCACGGUCAGGCUCCCGGCGCUAA